AUGGCCUGCAAUAUGCAUGAUCACACUCAACCAAGCAUUGUUCACUGGGAUCUCAGAGCAAAGAACAUCCUUCUAAACUCAAAUUUUAAGGCCAAGAUAGCAAAUUUCUCAAUGGCUAGAACUGUUGCAGAUCCCAUAAUGCCAAAAGUGGAUGUUUUCGCAUUUGGGGUCGUACUAUUGGAGUUGCUCUCAGGAAAGAAGGCCUUGGAAACAAAAGACAAGGGCGAAAUCGUUAUGUUGUGCAAAGAACUAAGGGCGGUGUUGAAGAAUGAAGAGGAGAGAGUGGACAGGUUAAUCAAGUGGAUGGAUCCAAAACUGGAGAACUGCUAUCCUAUUGAUAGGGCUCUGAGUUUGGCAGCCCUGGAGAUCAAGUUUGGUUGGAAAAUUGUAGUUGGCUCAAUAGUUGGAUUCUUUGGUGCAGCAUUGGGUAGUGUGGGAGGUGUUGGGGGUGGAGGCAUUGCUUGCCUUGAUCAUUGGUUUUGA